AGCUGAGAUUGGCGAAAGAGCCUGGCUUGCUUCCGGUUUCCUGUCCAUGGGACGUUGGAGGGGGAUGUCCAUCCGGGUCGUCGAGCAACUUCCUGGCUGGCUGGUUGCGAAGGCGGCGGUUGCUGGUCGGUGGUCCCUCUGGGGUGGGGGAGGUGAUCCUCUCACCUGAUUCCCGUGCUUCGAGCGAAGACUCUCCGUUGCCAUCUUGUCUAAUAUCUACUGCCUCAGAGAAGCCAUGGAAGAUAUGAGGUAGCCGCCCACGAGCGUGCUAAAAUUCCAUUUCAGAUGGAUGCAAAAUAUAAAGAUGAUGUGUUUAGGAAGUAUGUACAGUUUCAUGAAUCCAAACUGGAUACCUCUGAUAAGAAGCAGCGCCCAGUUAGUGACGAGUAUCUACAAGUGGCAGCUUCAGCCUUACUCUGCUUUCCCAAGAUUGAUCCCUUUUAUAGAUUUCGUUUGAUUAAAUUUUAUGAAAUAGCUGAACAUUCACUUAGGUCUUUGAAAUCUUCAAGUUUGCGCUCUCUCCAGAAUGCUUUUGGCGUGCUGGAGUCUGUUGGCGUUAAUCUUUUUCUUUACCCUUGGAAGAAAGAAUUCAAAAAUAUAAAGGUAUCAGCUAUUAUUUCCCCAGCACUUUCCUUAUCCUUCCAAAUGAAGAACAUCCAUGCUUUUCUUCAACUGUCUUUUCCCAUCCACUUCCACAGUGCUAUCCAUACCAUGACUUACACAGGACCUUUUGUUUAUUAUGUGAAGUCUACGUUACCUGAUGAGGAUAUAAGACAGAUAUUGAAUUCGAUGGGCUAUGUCCAAGAACUUGGAACUAUGUACAAGCUCAAGGACCUAGUUGAUACCCUCCAAGUGCAGAUGGUGUCAUUUGAACUUUACUUGGCCAAGAUAGAAUGUGAACAACUGAUUGAAAUUCAUUUGCAAGUGAAGGAUAAAGGUUAUUCGCAACUUGAUGUUGUAAAUGAGAGAAAAAAUAGCAGUGAUGAUGUCAGAGGCUGCUCAGAUGCCUUGAAACGUCGUGCAGAAUGCAAAGACAAUCUAAGCACCUCCAUGUCGCGAAUGGUACUUCAGAAAUCUGCAAGUGAAAGAGGUUCUAAAGAUUACUUCAAACCCAAAGUUAGCAAACCUUCUAAAUCAGUGGAUGCAUAUGAUAGUUACUUGGAAAAUAAGAAGCCACCUUUAAUGACUUCAUUGAGUCUCAGAAAAGAACCCAUUUUGGUUGAUACUGAAGAUGACAUUAAAGAUGAAAUAAUUCGUCCAUCCCCAUCUCUCCUUGCCAUGUCAAGUUCUCCACAUGGAUGUUCUGACGAAUAUCUGCCAUCUCAUACCAAUGGCAUAUUAAGAACGAGUAUUCCAUACAGUACCUACUAUUCCCCUCAAGAUGAUUUAGAUCUCUAUACUGACCCUGAUUCUAGAAGUAUGUUAAACUUUAAAAGGCAAGAAUCUACUAAACACGAUGUAUGGCUGCUAAAAAAUGAUGCCAACCCAACUUACCAUAAACGUAUGCAUCUAGCCAAAGAGACCAGUUCCCUCAAGUGCCAAAACUGUGGAUUAUCUUGCGGCACCUCCAUUUGCCAAAAGUGUGACAACUUGCUCAUCUGCAGGCAGGAAUAUCCAACAAUGAAGCAGAGUAGCUAUUCACUCAAAACUCUCUCCAGUGAAGGCAUCCCUUCUGGAUCUUCUGUAAGGGACAAGUCUCAAUACAUGUUACAGACUCAAGAGCGAGCAUCUCAGUUCAGUUCAAAAUCCAAGGCUUCAGCCUCAUCCCGCUGUGGCUUUUGCAACCGGCCAGGAGCUGCAAACACAUGCACUUUUUGUUCAAAAGUGUCCUGUGAUACUUGCCUCAAUGCUUAUUAUCGUGAUCCCUGCUGUCGAAAGAGUGAGCUUCACAGGUUCUUGCCAAACAAUCAGUUAAACUAUAAAUCAAACCAGCUGUCACACCUGGUUUAUAGAUAAUUUUGGGUUUUUAAAAAUCUUAUAUUUUGGGAUACAAGGGCUAAAAACACAAACAUGCUGAUGUUGCUGGUAAGUAUCAUCCUACUGACCUCUUGUUAGGAGAAAAAAAAGUAGACACGCCCUAGUACUAGACAAAUAUAUCUUAACAUAGGUGCCAGUUCUUGACAGUGUGGCUUCACAAAAUGUCUAUACAAUAGCCGCUGCUACUAUUUUAGGUGACUCUUAACUGAUUACUGUUUUUCCAUUUAGAUCAGGGAGAGGAGCACUUUUUCCUUUUUAGAAGCAGACAGGCAUUGCACUUCUUUUUCUUUUUCUAGAAAGAUGACAGACAUCUGUGUUUUGUUUGCUGUCACUGCCUCAUCUGCAUGACACAGCAUCAAAGAUGACCAAGAACCGAAGAACAGCAUUUUCAGUGGGUUGUAAAAUUGUGUAUUUUGGUAGCUUGCACCAAAGCUAUUUAAUGAACGUUUUUGCCAAAAGAGUGAUUUUUUUUUAAAGAUUAAUUUGCUGAGCUCCAAUAAUCGGACUGCCAUGACAUCUCAUCUUCAUAUCUCCUCUUCCCACUUCACCAUUUUCUUGUAUUCUCUCAAGUAUAUAAAAUCAAAACCUAAACUGAGUAUUUGCUCUUUUCUUCCCCAAGUGUUGCCAAUACACCCUACUUCUUUGGUUUGGUGUUGUUGUUUUUUUUAAACUGUUGUAGUAAUUUUUUAACGAGUGAAUCUGUACGUUAUCUCAUGCCUGGAGUGUUGUCUUUCCCAAUGAGUAAUGUUUGGAUUUGCCUUCUGUUGCACGUGUAUUAAAUCCUGUUCUUUCUACUGUAAAUAGGUGAUUUGGAAACAGUUUAUUUUUUAAUAAAUAUAUUCAGUA